GCUAAUCACUUAAUGACGUCUCCGAUAAUGAAACUUAGGCAGCGCAAUCGCGGUGUCGUGCCUGCGGCGGGCACCAGACCGCGUGCCAAAAUUUGUUAGGAGUCCUCCUGCCUGCAAGUGGCGUUCACUGGAUUGACGACUGCACACUCGACUUGCUUCAUCACCUCGUAGUUUGGGUGCAGCCUGCGAUCUUCACUUACAGCGGACUUUACUGUAUCGCAAGCUGCUUGAAGGGCAUAGCAGGCCACGACAGUGCUGGAUUCUGAUGCGGGAACGAUACAUCUCGGAUCUGACCUGCGAAUUCGCGGUGUCGCGCCAUCAUGAAGUUCUACAUCGAUGACCUUCCGGUGCUUUUCCCAUACCCUCGGAUCUACCCCGAGCAAUAUGCAUACAUGUGCGAUAUCAAGCGGACCCUCGAUGCUGGGGGUCAUUGCGUUCUUGAAAUGCCUUCAGGCACUGGAAAGACGGUCUCCCUGGUAUCUCUCAUUGUCGCAUAUCAGCAACACUACCCUGAGCACCGAAAGCUGAUAUAUUGCUCGCGUACCAUGUCCGAGAUCGAAAAAGCUUUGGCUGAAUUGAAAGCUCUGAUGAAAUACCGCUCAGAACAACUAGGUUAUGUGGAAGACUUUCGAGGUCUUGGUUUAACCAGCAGAAAGAAUCUGUGCUUGCAUCCAUCCGUGAAGAGAGAAAAAAGUGGUGCUGUGGUUGAUGCCAGAUGUCGCAGUCUGACUGCCGGUUUCAUCAAGGAGAAGAAAGAAAGAGGAGAAGAUGUCGAGCUCUGCGUCUAUCAUGAGAACCUGGACCUUCUCGAGCCUCACAAUUUACUUCCCCCGGGCGUUUUCACUCUUGACGAUCUGCUACGAUACGGUGAGGACCACAAGCAAUGCCCCUACUUCUCAGCGCGAAGAAUGAUGUCCUUCUGCAACGUUAUCAUCUACUCCUACCACUAUCUUCUAGACCCAAAAAUCGCCGAACGUGUCUCCAAAGAACUCUCAAAGGAUUGUAUCGUCGUCUUUGACGAAGCUCACAACAUUGACAACGUCUGUAUCGAGUCUUUAUCGAUUGACAUUACGGAAGAUUCCCUGAGGAAAGCAACCCGCGGCGCCAACAAUCUCGAACGUAAGAUCGAGGAGAUGAAGGACUCUGAUGAACAAAAGUUACAGGAUGAGUACCAGAAACUUGUCCAAGGCCUCCGAGAAGCGGACGAGGCUCGACGAGAGGAUGCGUUCAUGGCAAACCCAACAUUACCAGAUGACCUAUUAAAAGAAGCCGUCCCAGGUAACAUCCGAAGGGCCGAGCACUUUGUCGCUUUCUUGAAGCGAUUCAUAGAGUACCUGAAAACACGCAUGAAAGUGCUGUAUGUCAUUCAGGAAACUCCACCAUCAUUCCUCUCUCACCUGAAAGAACUCACCUUCAUCGAGCGCAAGCCCUUGAGGUUCUGCGCAGAACGACUGACCUCGCUUGUUCGCACACUCGAACUGACCAAUAUCGAAGAUUAUCAGCCUCUUCAGGAAGUCGCCACUUUUGCUACGCUUGUUGCAACUUACGAAACUGGUUUCCUCUUGAUCCUGGAACCCUUUGAGACCGAACAAGCAACAGUUCCAAACCCCAUACUGCAUUUUGCCUGUCUGGACGCGUCAAUCGCUAUGAAGCCGGUGUUCGAACGAUUUUCCUCUGUCAUCGUCACCUCCGGAACAAUGUCUCCUCUGGAGAUGUACCCUAAGAUGCUCAAUUUCACGACCGUUACGCAGGAAUCGUAUCCGAUGUCGUUGGCACGACGGUCUUUCUUACCAAUGAUUGUUACGCGUGGUUCGGAUCAACAAGCGAUCACAUCCGGCUUCCAAUCUCGUUCCGACCCUGGCGUCGUUCGCAACUACGGUGCUUUGCUGUUUGAGUUUGCAAAGAUUACGCCCGACGGUAUUGUGGUGUUCUUUCCUUCCUAUCUCUACAUGGAGAUGAUCAUCAGCAUGUGGCAGGGGAUGGGCAUUCUCGACCAGAUCUGGACUUACAAGUUGCUUCUCGUGGAGACCCCUGACGCACAAGAGACAAGCCUAGCGCUCGAAACGUAUCGCACUGCUUGUGAGAAUGGCAAGGGUGCCAUCUUGCUUUGUGUCGCUCGCGGGAAAGUGUCUGAAGGGAUCGAUUUUGACCAUCACUAUGGCCGCACAGUGCUGUGUAUGGGUGCACCCUUUCAGUACACGGAAUCCAGGAUCCUGAAAGCAAGGCUCGAGUUUUUACGAGAGAACUAUAGGAUCAAAGAACAAGACUUUCUUUCUUUCGACGCCAUGAGACAUGCUGCGCAAUGCCUGGGUCGAGUAUUGAGAGGGAAAGACGACUACGGAAUCAUGGUUCUCGCUGAUCGACGCUUCCAAAAGAAACGCAAUCAACUACCGAGGUGGAUAAACGAAGAAAUCCAUGAUGGGCAGACUGGCUUGAGUACGGAUGCCGCCGUUGGUAUGGCAAAGAAGUUUCUCAGAAGUAUAGCACAGCCCCUAGGUGCCGCCCAAAAGGCACCCGAUGGUUCGAUCAAGGGCAAAGACAGCUGGAGCUUUCAGGAGCUGGAAGCCUUCCAGAAGGAGCAAGCAUUGAAGAAAGGUCAAGGAGAUGUAGGCAGAGAGGGAGCCGAUUUCCACGACUACAUGCACAGCGAAGUAAAUGGCAUACCGACGCAGAACAACCACAAUGGUCAUUCGGCCACGGCCGACGAAUUCGACGAGAUCAUCGCUGAUGAAGAUCUGCUGAUGGCGGAAGCCAUGGAGGUUGGGUGAAGGACCACACUUAUUGCAGGCCUUGCCAGCACUACUUUUGAUAUCAGGGACCGAACCAACCGUCGAACCCGAUUCAGCGAUCAGAGGAAGCCUUCUUUCCCUAGCGAUGCUCUCUGGGACUUGGGAUACACGUAUUUCGGCACGGUCAAUUGUCUGAUACUGCAGCCAAAUGAAGCAGAACACACUAUCGUGUCCGGCAGUCGGCAUCCACAAGGGUGAAUUACGGUGCUCGGUGCGCUCCACG